UUGUAAAUGAUGUGUUAGUUUGUUUUUGUUUUGUUUAUUUUAGCCAAAUAUAAUGGCAGAUGGCGAUGUAGCUACGGCAAACGGCAAAGUAUACGAAGCUUUGCAUAAACUUUUUGGCCACAAGUGCUUUAAGUCCGAGUUACAAGAGCGUGCCGUAAACUGUGCAUUAAAAAAAAAACAGGAUGUGUACGUAUCUAUGCCUACGGGAUCGGGUAAAUCGUUGUGCUUCCAACUCCCCGGCCUUAUGUGCGAGAAUCAACUCACGAUUGUAUUCUCGCCACUGUUGGCGCUCAUCAAGGAUCAGAUCGACCAUUUGGCCAAGUUGAAGGUGCGUGCCGACUCACUGAAUUCGAAAAUGAGCACCAAGGAGCGUGACAAUGUCAUCAUGGACCUAAAGUCGGUGAAACCAACCAUACGCUUUCUUUACAUCACACCCGAGCAGGCGGCAACGAAAACGUUCCAGCACUUGCUCCAUACGCUGGUGCAGCACAACAAGGUGGCAUAUUUUGCUGUGGAUGAGGCGCACUGCGUCUCCCAGUGGGGUCAUGACUUUCGGCCCGAUUACCUGAAGUUGGGCGAGCUGCGGGCCAAGUACAUGGACAUUGUGUGGCUGGCACUGACGGCGACGGCAUCCCGAGAUGUGCGCGAGGACAUUUACAAACAGCUGCACCUACGCCCGCCUAUUGCAAAAUUUACAACGCCCAGCUUCCGCCCGAAUCUGUACUAUGACAUUGUGUACAAGAACUCAAUAGAGGAUGACUUCCAACAUUUGGCGGCUUUCGCGUUGCAUUGUUUAGGCAAUGAGCAGGAGUUCCAGAAAACUCCUAAGGCGAAGCGUGGCUGUGGCAUCAUUUAUUGUCGCACCAGAGAGAAUGUCGAGCGCGUGGCCAUGGGCGUUAGCAAGCAAGGCGUUGGUGCUGUGGCGUACCAUGCUGGACUGAAGACCGCCGAACGCACGCAGGUCCAAGAGGCGUGGAUGCGUGGCGAACAGCCCAUUAUAUGUGCCACUAAUAGCUUUGGAAUGGGUGUGGAUAAGCCCAGCGUCCGGUUCGUCAUACACUGGGAUGUGCCGCAAAAUGUGGCGGCCUAUUAUCAGGAAUCUGGACGUGCCGGACGAGAUGGUCUGCAAUCCUAUUGUCGUCUCUACUAUGGGCGAGAUGAUGUCAAGUCCAUACGGUUCCUCUUGCAAAACGAUGCGAAUCGAGCACGUGGGCGUGGCGACAAGGAGCUGCUGACAGAAAGAGCCAUUCGGCAAUUCGAAAAGAUCGUUGAUUUUUGCGAAGCGUUGCGUUGCCGGCACAAACUCUUCGCUGACUACUUUGGCGACCCGGCGCCUGAGUGCGUCAACCAGUGCGAUAUUUGCAAGGAUCCCAAACGUGCCUCCAAAGCACUUGAUAUGUUUCAGCGUUUGUGCAUGGAUGCCACCUUUAAAUCGCAUGUGUCGCUGGAAGAUUGCGCCGAUCUGUAUGAGGGCGGGCGUGCAGGUAGCAAACGCGUUGCCCAGGAUUACGCUGACGAGGAUGAUUCAGAUGGUGAUGCGGGCGUCAGUCACGCACAGAUGGCCAAGCGGGCCAAAAAGGAAAGCGAAGAUUUCAUACGCAAACAAUUUCAGCUGCGCAAACAAAUCAGCGCUGCACGCCAAUUGGAACAGGAGACCUCUACGCAGAUUGCUCGUGUCAAGCAUGCGCAAAGCACGACCAAUAAGAUUGCGGGUCUGCAGCAUCAGCAGCGUGAAACGUAUCUGAGCACCAUUAUCGAGGCGCUCAAGACAAAUGUGAAAAGCGCUGAGACCGAGCAACCGCGCAGCGCAUUAAGACAUCGAGAUUACGAGGCCAUGGCUGUCGAUAUGGAAUACGAGGUUUUCAAGCAGCAGCGCGUUGCCUCAAUCUAUCGUCACACAUUGGCCAAGCAGCUAUCCAUAAUAAAACAGCUUAGCAAUAAAGGCCAGCUUAUGCCACUCAUAGCCGAUUACGUGCCACGUCCUGAAACGGCGGAGAAAGGAGCUUGGACGGGCGGGAGUGUGGCGUACUUUGAACGCAAGCUGCAGGAAUUGGAAGCACAAAGGCCUAAUGCGCUCAAAGAGGUGCCCAAAGCGUUGCGUGAACGUAAAAGCUUCAAAGAGGAGAAUGUCAGGCAGACGACCAUAGGUAGCUACUUUAACAAAAUUAAGACUGAAAGUAGCGAAGAGGAGGCAAUCAAUAUAAAAAUGGAGCCCAAAGACUCGGGUGAAGAAGAGGAAGCUGGCGAACAAGCUAAUGCUGUCCUUGAUGGUAGGUUAAAUGGAAAUGUGAAGAUCGCAGACGCGACGACGAGUGAAAAUAAACUUGUUGAGACCGUGACUGUGAAACAAGAAAACAACAACACCAAUAACACUAAAACCAAUAGCAAGCAGAGCGAAUUGCAAAUCGAUACGAAGUACAAACUAAUGCCAAACGAAGACGGCACUUACGAUACUCAUCGCAAAAUACGCGUCUCCCAUAAAGCGCAACAUCAGCAGAAUCAACAAAAGCACGAUCUACAGUCCAAAAAACCACAGACAAUCAAGCUCUUUACCGAGCCAGUAACUGACGAAUUGGAGUUACGUACAGACGAGAGUUCCAUUAAAGUUGAAGAAUCAGAGGACAGUAAGCGAGUGGACACUGACUUAACAGACAGCAAUUCCAUUGAGCUCGCUGGCCAGGAAAAGCCACAGCAAUCGCAUAGAAAAACUGCAGAGCCUCAAGCGAUGGCGGGUUUCAUGACGGCACGUCAAAUGCUGGAUGUAUCAAAGGAACCCUCGGAUCAUUCGAACGAUGCUCUAAGGAAGGCGGCAAGCAACAAAGAGAAGCAACCACACCACAAAGCUUCUGGAAAUACCAAAGGAGAUUUCGCAACGGCGCGGCAAAUAAUGGAGCAACAUCACAAGCAAAAAAUUGGAGCCAGUUCGCGGCAGGUGCAAAAAGCGAAGGCCCUAGAUCAACAGAAAAACGAUGUGAGCAAAUCGGUAGUGGAAUGGCUCAAUCCCUACUACAAGCGCAAGAUUGCCACCAGAGAGUUGUUCAAAGCCUUGGCCAAGCUGCUCACCCAACGCAUUUGCGAUGGUACUUUAGCAGCUGGCGAUGGUGGAAAGUGCUACAUUAAGGAAACAUUUCAUAACCUAGAAAUGAUCGCCAACGAUGAUGAUAUUGAGAAACAUUUUGCACGUGCUUUGAAGUGAAAUAUGUAUAACCUGAAAAUUAAUCGUGGUUAGCAAGUUAAACGGUUUUUGACAGUGUUCUUAUAUACCUUACACCUAAUAGUAGACAACAAUAAAAGGCUUACUAUUAA